UCAUUUCUAACCAGUCGCGUUCGUACCGAUUAGUACACAGAAAGAAAUAGGAAACGUAACAAGCCAUACAACAUUUUGAACAAGGGAAGGCGACAUAUCAGGAAAACAAAGGAGUUUGCAGUCCGACGGGACAUACAUAUUUUCCAACUGCAGUUCAGACACACUGGUGGAGAGUGAAAAUAUUGACUUGGUGGACUGGUCGCUCUCGGUAACUCGCCACCAUGCCGUUUCCAUUUGGCAAGUCCCACAAGUCGCCGGCGGACAUCGUCAAGAACCUGAAAGACAGCAUGACUGUGUUAGAGAAACAUGACAUCUCUGACAAGAAAGCUGAGAAGGCCACAGAGGAAGUGUCUAAGAGCCUAGUGGCGAUGAAGGAGAUUCUGUACGGUACCAAUGAGAAGGAGCCCCAGACUGAGGCGGUCGCCCAGCUGGCCCAGGAGCUCUACAACAGCGGUCUGCUCAGCACCCUCAUUGCCGACCUGCAGCUUAUCGACUUUGAGGGUAAAAAGGAUGUGGCUCAGAUCUUCAACAACAUCCUGAGGCGUCAGAUUGGGACACGGACGCCUACUGUGGAGUACCUCUGCACCCAGCAGAACAUCCUCUUCAUGCUUCUCAAAGGAUACGAGUCUCCUGAGAUUGCCCUGAACUGUGGCAUCAUGCUGAGGGAGUGCAUCAGGCACGAGCCGCUGGCCAAGAUCACCCUGUGGUCAGAACCGUUUUACGAUUUCUUCAGAUACGUGGAGAUGUCCACCUUUGACAUUGCCUCAGACGCAUUUGCCACUUUUAAAGACUUGCUAACGAGACACAAGAUCCUGAGUGCGGAGUUCCUGGAGCAGCAUUAUGACAGGUUCUUCAGUGAAUACGAGAAGCUACUCCACUCAGAGAACUAUGUGACUAAAAGGCAAUCCCUCAAGUUGCUGGGAGAACUGCUUCUUGAUCGACACAAUUUCACCAUUAUGACGAAAUACAUCAGCAAGCCUGAGAACCUCAAAUUAAUGAUGAAUCUUCUUCGAGACAAAAGCCGCAACAUCCAGUUUGAGGCUUUCCAUGUCUUCAAGGUGUUUGUGGCCAACCCCAACAAGACACAACCGAUCUUGGACAUUCUUCUGAAGAACCAGACCAAACUCAUCGAGUUCCUGUCCAAGUUCCAGAAUGAUAGGACGGAGGAUGAACAGUUCAACGAUGAAAAGACAUACCUGGUCAAACAGAUCAGAGACCUGAAGAGGCCGGCCCCACAGGAGGGCUGAGGGGAGAGGUUCUAGACAACGUCUGGAUAAUGGACUCCGCAGCGGCUGCUGUUCCGGUUAUCAU